UUGUUUGCCUGCGGUCGAUUACUGGAUGGCAAGGUCUGUUAGCUCAAUUAUUGCAAAAAGGUAUUUGGAUGCAAAUGAAAAUUGCGAAAAUAAAUAAACAGAUUAGGCCUGCAGCGGCUCUUCCGAAAUUCAUAAGGGUAGGAGUUAACUGUAGACUACCGCGAGCAGAGGACUUUUAUUUAUUUAGUUUUUACGCACGCGUUCUGUCCGGUGAGGUGGUCUCACACGAGCGUUAUGUGAUGACUGUCAUUCAAAAAACGAACUAGAUUUGAUCUCUCGCAUGUUUGAUAUUAACGUUCAAUAGUGUUCUUUGUAUUGGAGGGUACAAUUGUUUUCAAUAACUGAGCCACAGGUACUUGAGCGACAGUGCGUGCAGUUCAACAUUUAGUGGAUAUUGAUUUGUUGAUUAUUUGGAUUAGAUCACCUUUGAUGCAAAUGUAAAGGCAAUAAGAAUGAUAGACUUUCCGUUAGUGGGAAACCGAUUCAAUACAAAUCAUUGCUGCAGGACAUUUCAGAUUUGAAGUGUUGAAACCUGCGAUCCAGAAAGAAUGGGGCAUUUAUGGAUUUGCCUGCUCAUUUGUGAAAUAAUCCUGUUGUCGGACUGUGCACGGGGCCCUCCCCACGUGGCAGAGAAGAUCGCCCACAGGCAGACGGUGCGGAUCGGGCGCACCAUGAAGCUGCAGUGCCCCGUGGAGGGCGACCCUCCACCACUCAUCAUGUGGGCAAAGGAUGGCCGCAACAUCCACAGUGGCUGGAUGCGCUUCCGGGUGCUUCGGCAGGCACUGCGCAUCAAAGAGGUGGAGGCCGAAGACGCAGGUACCUUCAUCUGCAAGGCCACCAAUGGCUUCGGCAGCGUCAAUAUCAACUACACCCUCAUCGUCGUCGAGGAUGCCAGCACUGGGAGGGACGGAGCAGGAACAGCGGGAGACCCAGAAUACCCCACUGACCUCUCAGGGAAACUGGUCCGACCACGCUUCACGCAGCCAGCCAAGAUGAGGAAGCGCGUGAUCGCCCGGCCGGUGGGCAGCUCAGUACGGCUGAAGUGCACGGCCAGCGGGAACCCUCGUCCGGACAUCGUGUGGCUGAAGGACAACAAGCCGCUGACCCCUGAGGAGGUGGGUGAGGGCCGUAAGAAGAAGUGGACCCUGAGUCUGAAGAAUCUGACCCCUGAGAACAGCGGGAAGUACACCUGCCACGUCUCCAACCGGGCUGGAGAGAUCAACGCCACAUACAAAGUGGAAGUCAUCCAGCGGACAAAUUCCAAGCCUAUCCUGACCGGCACCCAUCCGGUGAACACCACGGUGGACUACGGCGGUACCACCUCAUUCCAGUGUAAGGUUCGCAGUGACGUCAAGCCGGUGAUUCAGUGGCUGAAGAGGGUGGAGCCGGGGGACGAGAACAAGUACAACUCCACCAUCGAGGUGGGCGACCAUGGCUUCGUGGUGCUGCCCACAGGAGAGGUGUGGUCCAGGCCAGAUGGCUCCUACCUCAACAAGCUGCUCAUCACCCGGGCCAAGGAGGAGGACGCUGGGAUGUACAUCUGUCUGGGUGCCAACACCAUGGGUUACAGCUUCCGCAGUGCUUACCUCACUGUCCUGCCUGACCCAAAGCCUCAACACACUCCCAUCCCCACGGCUACCUCUCACAGCCUGCCCUGGCCUGUGAUCAUCGGCCUCCCAGCAGGGUUGGUGUUCAUCCUGGGUACUGUCCUGCUGUGGUUCUGUCAAUCCAAACGCCACUGCUCCUCUGGAGGUGUGGUCACCGCCCAGGCCCUGACCGCCUUACAGCGCCCGCCCCCACGGGUACCAGCCUGCCCCCCCAGCGGGGACAAAGACUGCCUGAGCUACUACAUGACCCAGCAGCAGCAGCUCCUCCUGGCCCAGGGAGGCAGCGGUCUGGUGGUCCCUAAAGUCUACCCAAAGAUCUACACAGACAUCCACACACACACACACUCACACAUGGAUGGAAAAGUGCACCAACACCAGCAUAUCCACUACCAAUGUUAGCUGCCACUGUACCGACAGGCCCUCAUGUCUGCAGUGUUGGGUCAGCUCCCACCACCUCCCCUCCACAUGCCCAGUCCUGCUUUCCUCCUAAAGACCCAGCCAAACAGUCUGAGCUGGGGUGCUGCACACAAACCCUCUUACUGCUAAAUACUAUACUGUACUGAACCAAGGCCCUGGGGAACAUGGACACAGUCAGGAUAGAUAGCACCCUCCAUGAGGUACAGAAUAAGGGACAUGGAAAUGCCUUCAGGAAUCCCACAUGAACUAAUGUGAGUCCAAAUGGAGCAAUAUUUCACACAGAACCCCACUGCAGAACCACUGCAGAGAGAUGGCAACAUUUGUUUCUCUAGUCUGGUUCAAUCUGCACAAACUCACAGUGACUGAAAUGAGUGAAUGUAUAGAGUUAGCUCUGUCUCAUUUGAGAGUCUUUACUCUGUAGGAAAAUAGCAGCAUUUCCUGCAACACCUCUCUGGCCUUCAUGUGCAGUGUCUGUGGAAGGGUCCAAGAGGAUUAUGUCUAUUAGCUCCACAUUUUUGUCAGAUGCACAGCCUCAGUAAGCACCAAAAGGAAUACGGUUCAAUGUAAAAUGUUCACAGAUUUUAUGGAUUGCUGUUGGAUUGAAUCAGAAUCCAAAUGUGCCUUCACAUCCUGAGAAGGUCAGAAGGAGGUCAACCAACAGAGACACAGCGGGAUUGAGUCAACAAAGAUUGCAUGUAUUUUGUUUCUAAAAAAGGUUUUGUUCAAGGAAAAGGACCUGCAAAGCAUUGCAGUCUUUUGUACGUGAAUGGGAAAUGAUUUAUGGGUAAUAGGAAAUGGUAUGAAAUCGUGUAAAGAACGUUAUAAUUCCUAAGGCCGAUCAUAUUGUCACUAUCCUAAAAAAGAACCUAGAUACUGAAAUAUUCAGGAUUACAGCAACGCAUACAAUAAUUCUGUGUUCUUCUCGUUAUUACUUGGGUUUUACAGGUCACUGACAUGUGGGCGUCAUGGUCAGUGGUACUGUUGGGCUGAUCCAAACCGCAGGUGCACCCAAUCACAAAAGGACUUGUUCAACUUUUGAAUUCUCAGGUGGCCAUCUUUCUUUUUGUCUCUUGUUCUUUGGGUGUGUAUAGGGUAUAACUCUGACCACUAUAGGAAACUGUGGAAUAUGCUCAUGUAAUGGAACCCUUUUUAAGCUUUGAGAAGAGAAAUGGAAAGCUUCCCAAAAACCAAAAUACAGUAUGAUUGCUGCAUUGUCUGUGAAAAGUGUCCUCAAACUGAUUGUUCAGUUGUUCUGUGUUUUACCCCAGUAUUUGUUGUGUCAAAGCUAAUGGACUGCCAGAUUCAGAAUUCAUGCACUUAUUCCAAGUAUGUUGAUCAAAGUAGUGUUAAAGUUCAUCUAUUACUUUCAGCCUUUUGGGGGGAAUCUAGAAUCAUGGAAAUACCCUGUUCAAUUGACCUACAAAUUUAAAUCCUAAGUAAUUGUCUAGACUCAAUAUAUAUAUAUAUUUAUACACAGUGCAUUCUGAAAGUAUUCAGACCCCUUGACUUUUUCGUUUUUCCCCUCAAUCUACGCACAAUACCCCAUAAUGAAAAAGCAAAAACAGGUUUAGAA